AUGCAAGCCACGCUCCGCCUCUCCAGACAGAACCUGGUUUCUGGUGCCCGUGCCAGCCUCCGGUCACAGACGUCCGUCGCGACGCGCAGAUUUGCGGGGAGAAGGUGGAAUUCGUCGCAUGGUCCCGGCCAUGAGCAGAAAAAGUCGAGUGACAUGCCGUGGGUUAUUGGGUCUUUGGUCACUUUUGGUCCCGCUUUCCUCUACCUUGUCUCUCCGUCAGCGAGAAAGACGGCGCCAGGACACGCCGCGCAUGCUCAUGACAGUCACGCUGAGCCGAAGAAAGUCACAAUGAAGGACGAUGAGGGACAAGAGGCGGACGUUACUGCUUCGGUGCAGGCUGCAACUGCCGAUGACGCUCCCAAGGCCGAUGGAGCGAAGGUAGAUGCUUCCGAAGUCGAGCAACCUCAGGCCGAUGAAGCUACCGAGAAGUCUGAGGAGCCUGCUGCUCCACCUCCCUCUGAUGGCGAGGAACAUACUCAAAAGCCCGGUUCACUUCAGGAUGGGGACAGCAGUGGCCCAGUCGACCUAGGGGACGCCAGGGCAGCCGCGAAGAGCGCAGAUGUGGAUGCACCGAAGAAGGCUGAGACGUCGGACGCGUGA